CUUCAGACUUGACUCCUGCUUAGCUCCUCCUUCAAGCUUUUUUUCGCGAAGUUCAACCAGGAACUAAGUUAGAAAAACAAACACAUUUUCUAUGCAACAAGGUAGAGGAUGGCAAGAGAAGACGACCCAACACGCUGAAACCCCUACUGUAAUUGGCAACCCACACUUUUGUACUAGGAGAGAAAAUGGCCCAAAGUGUGAAUUUUGACCAAUUUGCAGACCACCUUGAGGAAGACAUGGAGAGCCCUGUUGAUGAGGCAGCAGUCCACGACUCCUUCAGUCACUUGAUAGAGGAACAGGCUCUGGGUUUCCCCGGCGACUUCGAUGCCCUACAAAUGGAUCCGUUGGACCUAGAUGAUGAGGCUAGAGAUGAUGUGGGGUAUUUGGGAUACCCAGGGCAGCGACCGGAAGAACGCUACCAACAAGGACAUCCACAUGUUGACCAGCGAGGACAUCCACAUGUUGAGCAGCGAGGACAUCCACAUGUUGAUCAAUGGUCCUCUGCUACUCUAAGAAUUCUGUCCUCCAUGCCAAGCCGCACCAUUGGCCGCAGUCGUGGUGCAAUCAUCUCUCAAUACUAUAACCGCACCAUGCAGUUGCGCCGCCGAAAGCAAAGUCGGCCAUCUAUACGCGACUUUUCCCGCUCUUCCCGACCCAGUAUCCGUGGUUAUGGUGGAGUGGACUCAGACUUGGGGGAUUUUACCGAGGAGGAAACCAAGAGAGAGCGUCUCGUGAAUAACCUGCAGAAUCUGAGUGCGAGUGAUCGUGUGCGAAUGCUCAGGGCUAUGCCCCUAAGUGUUUCGGAGAAGACUGAAUUCAGAUGCUCAAGAUCGAUAUUGGCAGUGGAGGAUGUCAUACGAUGGCAGGAGACAUUUAGGCCAGAGCGUUCAUACUCCAGGAGCAACCUCCCCUGCUGCAGCCAAUGUAAAGACUCCCUGAUAAUUGUUGCAAGACAGACCUGGUACAGCUGCCUGUCACUCCUCUCAUCCCUGCAGCUGUGGCACACGGCGCUGAAGACAGUGAGCGGGCGCUUUGGCACAGGCGUCCUCUCAUAUUUUGUUUUCCUCAGAACUCUUCUUUUCUUCAACAUCUUCCUCUUCUCUGUGACUGGGCUCUUCCUGGUGCUCCCUCAAGCUGUGUUUAGCUCGGGGCUCAACAGCACCACAGGACCGUCUGGGUUGGAACUGCUCACUGGAGGGGGUUGUUUCACAGAGUCAGUCAUGUUCUAUGGCUACUACACAAACGCCACACUAAAGGAACACUGCGUCCAGAAGGAACCCAAUUCAUCAACAGUACAUCAGAUGGGAUGUCAUGGCAGACUUUACUACAACAUGCCCCUAGCUUACUUCUUUACCAUUGGAGCUGCCUUCUUAUUCACCUGCAUCAUUCUAGUUUACACCAUGAAAAAGUUAUUUGGGCAGAGUUUCCGGAUUGAUAAAUCUCAGAGCAUCCUGGCCAUGAAGGUUUUCUGCUCCUGGGAUUUUAAAGUCAUGAAGAAAACCUCUGUCAAACUGCAAUCCGAAAACAUCUCCACACAGCUUAAAGAACUGUUAGCCGAGGUCGGCCGUAAAAAGGAGAAAGUACCCAUCCCUCAGAAGUUGGCGUGGAUCUCGAUGAAUGUACUAGGCUGGUCCUUGUGUCUGGGAAGCACCUUGGCCUGUGUCGUGGCUGUGCACUACUUCUCUGAGUACAUGCAUAAGGACCUCCAGCUCCGAGCACGAAACAGUAAUCCAUCUGAAAGCCCUCUGGUGAAAGAGGCUAGCCUGCUUGCCCUGCCUGUGGUGGUAUCCAGCAUUAACCUCCUGCUGCCUGGGUUCUUUAAUACAGUGGCUUCAGUGGAGAAGUAUGACUCGCCCAGCAUGCGCACCUAUGUGGCUAUUAGCAGGAACCUGAUGCUGAAAGUGAGUGUGCUUGGAAUCUUGUGCUUCCAUUGGCUCGGUCGCAUUGCAGCUGAUCCCCAGAGCCUUAAACUUAAGUGUUGGGAGACAUUCGUGGGCCAGGAGCUGUACAGGUUCCUUGUGAUGGACUUCAUCUUCACGAUACUGGAUACAUUCUUCGGGGAAUUUUUGUGGAGGUUGUUUUCUCAGAAACUGCUACGGAGGAAGAGGAAGCCUGUGUUUGACAUCGCACGGAAUGUUCUGGAGCUGAUCUACGGCCAGACUCUUGCUUGGAUGGGUGUGCUGUUUACUCCACUGUUGCCAGCAGUGCAAAUUCUCAAACUCCUCUGCCUGUUUUACAUGAAGAAGACCAGUUUGAUGAUGAACUGCCAGGUUCCAAGGAAACCAUGGCAUGCGAGCCACAUGACCACCGUCUUCAUUACCCUCCUGUGUUUCCCCUCCUUUCUGGGCGCAGCUGUGUGUGUCACCCUCACAAUGUGGUCAAUCAAACCAUCCCAAAGCUGUGGGCCAUUCCGAGGCCUGCAGACCAUGAUUCAGUCUGGAAAGCACUGGGUUAAACAGCUAGAGAGCACCAACUCCAACCUGGCCUGGCUCAGCUGGGUGCACACUUACCUGGUGGAGAACCCCGUCGUCUUCAUCUUCUUCAUGGUCAUGAUCUUCGUCAUUGUCAUCUAUUUCCACACCCAGGUGGUAGACGGACAGCGGAAGAUAAUAACUCUUCUACAGGACCAAAUUGAAAAUGAAGGCGAGGAUAAGAAGUUUCUGAUCACCAGACUGCAGGCAAUCCACGAACAGAACCGACCUUCGUCUUCCCAACGAAUUAGGGGAACUAGUGAGGACUCGAGUGAUUAUUGAUCUUCAAUAAAACAUGCAAGCGUCAUCUUCCAUCCAGACAUCCAGAUGGAAACACAAACAUCAAAUGAAACAGGAUCUCUCUGUCAGACAGACAUCCAGAUGGAAACACAAACAUCAAAUCAAACAGGAUCUCUCUGUCAGACAGACAUGCAGAUGGAAACACAAACAUCAAAUCAAACAGGAUCUCUCUGUCAGACAGACAUGCAGCCAACUCAUGAUGCCAAUGAUGGUAAACAGUAGAUUUGCUCUCCACUUGAAGUGUUGCACUCAUCUUCAUGGCCCCCCAAUGGAGAGAGCUCCAGCUCGAAGUGAAGAAUGAAUACUGUAGUGUUUCUACAGUGCCAAACUGUAGUUUACAUAGUGUGAAGUGGAGAAACCAUUAGAGAUGGCCAUGGGAAAGUGUCUAUAUAUAUUGUAUGUUGGGGCCAAAUGAGUUGAAUGUUUCUGACAGCAAUCAAUCUCAGAUAGUCUAAACCCACUGUGGACACCAUGUAGUGUAGUGUGUGGGGAAAUGGCAAAGGAUAUUAUAUUUGGGUUUGUUUCUAUUUUACACACCUCUGUGUGCCUAUAUUCUUUGAAAUGUACACAGAGAUCCUAGUUAAGUCUAGUAAGGUUCAGGACAUCGAAAAGGUAAAAAAAAGGCUCACAUGAAAUAAAUACAAUAUUUGAAUAUGCUAA